AGUACUACUCAGAGUCACAGGACCACUCAAGUCAACAUCAAACCACAAAAUAAAACAACUCAAAUCUAUCAGGAACGAGACAGGCCACAAAAACUAUCAUUCUGCUUAACUAUAACUCAAACAAUGUCAUGGAUCUCUAAUCUUCAACAGCUUAAUAUUUGAUUAUCUUUGAAUUCAGCUUUUGAAGCCAUCCGGGUCAUUCGUGGUGAUAGAGCUACUGUGUAGCUCUUACUCUGUCUGUUCGAAUCCUGCCAUAUCAUAGCUGGGAGGAGUGGUUGGAAACGGCCACGGAAAAACCACUACAAUAAGCCAAAAACGCUCGCCAUUCCGGGCUAACACUUGACUAAGCUUAGUUCAAAAAAUAUAUAUCCUAAAUGGCAAAAGUGAAUAUAAGUUAUAGUGAAAUGCAGAUUAUUAGCACCAUGAAACCACUAUCACAAUAUCAUCUUCAAAAAUGGAACCUCUUUAAGAAGCCCAGCAGUCAAAUAAGUCAAAUGUUGUUGCUUGUAUUUCUUCUGAUAGUUUCGUUGGAUGUGAUCGAGUCACAGUUUCGUGUUAAGUCACUGCCAGGCUUUGAUGGCGAUCUUCCUUUCACGCUUGAAACUGGUUACAUUGGGGUAGGAGACCUGGAUGAUGUGCAGUUGUUUUACUACUUCAUUGAGUCUGAAGGGAACCCAAAAGAGGACCCUCUCAUGCUUUGGCUUACUGGAGGCCCGGGCUGUUCUGCUCUUUCUGGCCUUUUGUUUGAAAUAGGCCCGUUCACAUUUGACUAUGCAAAGUCCACUUUGGAGAAUCCGAUACUUGAAAUAAACCCUUAUAGUUGGACAAAGGCAGCCAGCAUAAUAUUUCUUGAUCAACCUGCUGGCUCUGGAUUCUCUUAUGCAAGAUCUCCCCAUGCUUACAUAACUAAUGAUACAAUGUCAGCGAUGCACGCAUACAAUUUUUUGAAGAAGUGGCUUGUGGAUCAUCCUAAAUUUCUCAACAAUGCCUUAUAUCUUGGUGGUGAUUCCUACAUGGGCAUAGUUUUACCCAUGAUCGUCCAGGAAAUAUAUAAUGGUAACAAAGACAAAGAAGGGAUGAAGAUCAAUCUCAAAGGGUACAUCCUUGGCAAUCCUAUAACAGAUACAAGUGGCGAUUAUAAUGCAAAAAUACCAUUUGCUCACAGAAUGGCACUCUUAUCGGAUGCAAUCUAUAAGUCGGCCAAUGAAAAUUGCCAUGGCGAUUACUUAAAUGUGGCUCCCAACAAUGGUCCGUGCAUUCAUGAGCUUAUAGUUUUAGAUAAGUGCAUUGGACAAAUUUACAAGCCCCACAUUUUAGAGCCUCAGUGUGAAACUACAAAUGCCUUGAAAUAUGAUCUCUUCAGAAGGGUGUUAAGAGCUUUGGACAACACCUCUGGCAAUAUUUUGGGGUUACCUGAAGUUCAGAUUCAAGGGUGUCGGGAUGACAACUAUCUAUAUUCCUGUGCAUGGGCUAAUAGAAGAGAUGUGCGAGAAGCUUUUCACAUUAGUGAGGAAUUUAGUGAUAUUGAGUGGGUUCGAUGCAAUGAAACCUUGUUAUUCAAUUAUGGCGAGGAAGCCAUAUCUUAUACACAUAAUGUUCUGAGUACCGUUGAUUAUCAUCGACGUUUUGCUGAUAAAACCUGCCGCGCUCUUAUAUAUAGUGGAGAUCAUGAUAUGAUUGUUCCAUAUUUGGGUACACUGAAGUGGAUUCAAUCACUAAACUUAUCGGUCCUAAAUGAUUGGAGGCCCUGGUUUGUCGACAAACAAGUAGCUGGAUACAUGAUUAAAUACUCGAAAGAUGACUACAACUUAACAUUUGCUACUGUAAAGGGAGGAGGUCACACGGCUCCAGAGUACAAACCUAAAGAAUGUUUAACCAUGCUUAUGAGAUGGUUUGUCAAUGAUACAUUAUAAGUAAUAAUAAUAAUAUGAAGAGUUCGAUUAUCGGUUCUUAUGUUGUAUCAUUGUCCUUUGUAUUCAUACAUAUGUUUUCACCAUUGUUAACCCGAAUGGAUGCAGUAUACAUAAUGUGUAAGCACUAGUUUUGAGAAAUAUUGUAAUUCUAUUGACUAUAAGAAAGUGGGAUUAGUACGUUCAAAAAACAAUAUGGGAUUAGCGCA